AUGACGGUCUCCUACAAUCUCGACGUCUCUUCGGUCUCGUCGUUCAACUCCCUUCGAUUGCUCUUCCGCUGGCGGGGCUCCAUCUGGAAGUCAGUACUCGGCGAGCUCGCCAUCUUUGCCGUCGCCUACGCCGUCGUCGCUCAUGCCUAUCACAAUUACAUGGUUCCGAACAACUUCGGAGCAAGGUGAACUUGUUCAUUUUUUUUUUCUUCUAAAUUAGCAAUUUAAUCUUUGUCAUACUGUAUUUGAAAAGCUUUUUAAAAACGUGAUUUUAAAAUGAAAAAGCAUGAUUUUUUUAGAAAAAGAGCUCUGAAUUUUUCGCUUUUUUGGAAUAUUCGAAUCUCCAAUAGCUUUUUCAUAUGCAGUUUUUUCGUUCAAAAUUUCAAAAUCCAAAACUAAAAAAAGUAUUUCUAGUCACUUCGAAGCAUUUGCGCACCAAUGUGGACAGCUGAUGAACACGAUUCCUUUGACGUUCAUGCUCGCAUUUUUCGUCUCCAUAAUCGUCGAACGGUGGAGGACCACUUUCAACAACAUGGGAUGGAGCGAGAAGUUUUUCUUCAACUAAUCAAAAAUCGAUGCAUUGAUCAUUUGAGUGUUGCUCUGUUGACAAACACGACGAUCGUGAAUGAUUCGGCCGACGCGGCCAUCAUGAGAAGAUCCAUCGUCCGCUACAUCGUCCUGGCCCAGGUUGGCCGAGAGGAAGACUUUCCGAACAUCUUUCAGAUUCUCACGUUUCGCGACGUCUCAAUGAGGGUCCGACGUCGCUUUCCCAACUUAGAUUCCAUCACAAAGGCUGGUGGGCUUUCCUCUUCCGAGUUGUCGCUUAAGGGAUCCCUUCAAGGAUUUCUGACUCUUUCCGAAGCUGAGCACCUCACCGAGAUCGAGCUCGUCUACAACAAAUACUGGGUUCCCAUAAACUGGGCCAUGAACAUUGCCCAAAGAGCUCUACGUAAAGGAUACAUCAACGCGCCGCCGACCUUGAACAUUCUUCUGACGGUAUGGCGAAAACAGUAUCUCUUUCAAAUCUUGCUUUGGAAAAAUGCUUGGAAGAAAGACAGGAAAAGCUUUUUGGAAAAAAAAACUUUUUAUAAAGUGAGACUUCGAUUGAUAAAUUGAAACACAAGAUAUAAAAAACUUUUUGUUUUUUUCUUCCCAGGAAAUCAAGUCUUUCCGAACAAAUUUGGCAACUGUCUGCAACUUCGACUGGGUCCCCGUACCUAUUGCCUAUCCACAGGUUCGCCUAUUAUCUGAAAAUACUCAGAAGAUUAUAAAUUAUAUUUUAUAAUCAUUCUCAAUUCCAGGUCGUUUUUCUCGCUGUUCGGGUCUAUUUCCUUCUAUGUCUUAUCACCCGCCAAUACUUCCCACCCAAAGGAGUUGAGAAAUUUUGGUUUUUAAGAGCUAACAAGUAGUUAAGGGCCAAAUUUGAAAAAUGGUAACUUUUAGGAUUCCGUAGAAAUCGCUUCAAUGAUCGCAUUGCCAAUGAUGACAAUGUUUGAAUACAUAUUUCUGGUCGGCUGGAUGAAAGUGAGACGUGAUGCGUGUCGCGGCGCGUUCCAGUCGAAGUAAAAAAUGUUGAUUUAGGUAGCCGAGUCACUUCUGAAUCCACUGGGAGAAGACGAUGACGACUUCGAGUUGAAUUUUCUAAUCGAUAAGAACAUUUUUGUGAGUUUGGGAGUAUUCAGACUAAAUAUGGACUUACAAAAUUAAAGCAAAAAGUUCAUCCAUGUCUCAAAAAUUUAACAGAGAAAAGUCCAAAACUCAGACAGGAAUGGCGAUUGUUGCCGAGCACGACGUCGUUCCUCUGCUUUCAAAAGACCGCUUCUCCGACCCCAAUUUCCAGCCUUACUACUCUGUAGAGAGUCAAAAGUUUGUGUCUUCCACUUUGAAGAUGCGUUAUCAAUAGAUUAUUAUUUCAGAAGCCGGGUCAUGGGCGCUCUUAUCGGCUCUGUAUCAAACGUUACGUAGGAAAAAUAAAAGAUGAAAUUAUUACGACACAAUUAUUUUUGCAGACUUGCUGAAGGAAGUUUGGACGUUCCCAUGGUUCCAGUAAGUCCGAGAAGGUCUAUCGGAGAUAUUCCUAGUCAGUUUUCAACGUUUUUAAAUUGAAAGAAGUCAUCAAAUUUAUUGUUUAAACAAUCGCCAGAAAGUUGUUCGUUCGUUAGUUCCAACUUCGUUGUGAGCUGUUCUUUAUGAAAGCAAAAGGAUCUCUUUGCAGGCUCGGAGAGACCACGAAUCAUGACGCCUCGUCUUCGGACGACGGCUUCCUCGCUGCGAGUCCCCUUCACUGGCAUCAUCCCCAUUGACCGGUAAUCCUCCAUUACCGUCCAGACGCCGUUCCAACUUCAGGCCAUCUUCCUGCCGAGGUCGAGGUCGGUCGAAGUCGGAGAAUCUGACGGAAGAGCAGCUGGGAAACGUCGGCGGCGGCACUUCGAAUCCGGUGUUCGUCAAGGACGACGAGUCUGAAGAUCAGCGACUACACAAGCCCAUUCGGUUCACGUCUUCUUUAUCGAAGGUCGAAGAAACCGAUUAUGACGACUAUCCUUUGGAGACGAGUCCAGCAGCUCCUCGAAUUGUGAGUUAUAGCAAGUUAGAGCCUUUUUUGGAUUUCAAGAAAAUAUCAAGCUGCAAUGGGCGGGGCCUUGAAAGAAACUCAAUAGUCGUACAUGGUGAAAAUGUGUGAAACUUAUUUCUACUUUCAAAAAACAUAGCUGCUGAAUUUCAAGCAAAAACAAGUCAGUAAACUCAUUGUAGUUUCAGUUUUAGAAAAGGAGUUGUUCUCAUACACAAUAUAAACAAAAGCCGAAAAUAUUAGAAAUAGUGCUCCUUGAGGACAUCUAAAAGUGACGAAACUUUAAAAAAAAAAAGAGAACGGCCAUCUUCCUGCCGAGGUCGAGUAUAUAAAUCUGCGAAAAUCUCGGAAUAAUUUUUCAGACGCGCCGUCAUGCAUUCGAAAAGCAUGACGAGGAGACGGCUCGUCUUUGA